UUUAAUAGCACUAGAAAUGGGGAAAUUAACUUAUUGCUUAACCAAAAGGAUGUUGUAUGGUGCAAAUUGUACAGUUACAUUGUUUUCGGUUCAUUGUUUUGAAACAAGUUGUAAAGAAUAUAAAACUGUUACAUGUACUUUAGGUAGCUAUUUCUUGAUACUAUAAAAUUGGAAGUGAAGGUACAUAAAUAUUUUAUUUUAUUACAUUCAGUUUUUGUAGUAGACGUGUUACUGUGGUAAAAAUGAGAUUUUUUUUAUUGAGUCUUGCAUGUUGUGAUAUGUUAGUUAAUAGUGUUGCUUCAUGUUUGGGAGUUGGCAUAAAUUCUGACUGGUGCCAAAACAACUGUGAGUAAGCGUUGUUAUGAUGAAAUGAGCGUCUGUGUUGUAGAAUGUAAGCGAAAGUUGAUGUUACACAGAAUUCUCCAGGCCACCUAUUCCCCACCACAGCUGCCUUGCCAACUUCCAAUCGGUGGACAAUGCUAUGGGUCGCGUGACGUUCUCCAAUCAUCGUCAGAGAAAGCAUAAGACACAAACCAGUUAUUUACUUGCUAUUUAAUCAUCUCUUUCUUGAGAAGGUUAAUUAUAAAAUUACAAAAUGAAUGUUGACUGGAAUUCUCGUGAGAUUUGUGUGUGGAAAGAAAAAGUAACUAAAAAGCAGCAAGAUUUUUAUGAAUUACGUGGCAAGAAAUGGUUCAGGUAUAAACCAUGUGAUUAUACAUAUCUUAAGAGAAAUAUUGGUUAUGCAGUUUAUGGUUAUCCAAAGGAAGAGCCAAAUAGCUUGAAUGAUUAUACUGGAUAUGAACAUAAGGAACUGAAAUUUAUUUAUGAAGUUCUUAAUACUAUAAUCAAAUGCAAGGAACGAUACAAACAUCCGGAAGACAUUCUGUUGUCAUUUCUGUAUGUGUAUGGGAAAGCAGAUGAUGGCUGUGUUUCAGUGCCUGUGAUACGAUUUUGUGGAUAUGAUUCACAUGGUAAUGAAAAUAACAUUUUCAUUGAUUAUUCUUGUCGAGUGUACAAGAAUUGGAGUGACUACUUGAAAUGCAACAAACUACCAGAACUUAUACUGUGUUACCCAAAGAACGGUGUGUAUGAAACACAGUUUGGUAAGGUACAAGUUGAAUUCGGGAUAUCGCCAGCAGGAAAUCUUGGAUCAAAGGUGAUUGAAGGUUUUGACAUUACCACUUCUGUGCUUGGAGUUACAGCUGUGGGAGUAGGAACAGCAGCGAUGUUCGUGCCAAUGGCAUGGCCAUUUAUUGCAGGUGCAAUUGGGGUUUCUGCGGUAACUGGAGUUUACGGAAUUGGACGCAGCACAGAGACACUUGUGGAUCGUCAUCAGCAUGAGCAAAGCAUCGGCCUGGACAAUGCCGAGUCCCGCAAUUGUUGGCUGGGCAUUGGGGGUGGCAUUAUGAGCAUUGCCUCAGGAGGUACCACUGCAACAGUUUGUAAACUGGCUGAGGCUGGUAAAGGUGUUACCGUAGCAGGACAGAUUGCUGUGAAAUCUGUAACAGCUGGUUCAUGUGCUGUUAAUUCCCUGGCAGUUAUCAAUGGGCUGGCCAACAUAAUUGAGAAGCAUUUCACUGAGUGCGAAGUAUCUUCAUUGGAUGUAGUACAUUUUACAUCAUCUGUACUGUUCUUUACAAAUUCUGUUAUUUCAACACAUGUGGCAUAUAAUGUGAUGAACAACAUUGGGAAAAGUAGUAUGGGACAGAUUGAUGUGCGCUCUGUCAUGAAACAGAUAUCGAGCAACGCUCAAAAUAUUGAGGGUGGUGUGGCUAAUGUAACAGAUGUUUCCACCUUCCCUGCUUUAACCAUUGGGAGUAGUUUUUCCUUGGUGAACAAGCCUGCUAUGAACAAAAUUUGUGACAUCUGUAAAUUUGUUUGCAAAAAAUUGGUUGCAUUUACAAAACGUGUGAUGAAAGGGGAUAUGAGUAUGCCCACGUAUACAGUGGAAAGUGGAAGACUUCUUGACAGAUGGUGGAUAGAGUGGAAUGAAGAGAUAAAUGUAGUUAUCAUAAAGAUAUGUGAAGCGUUUGGUGUGAAGCACUGGUCAGAUAUUAUCAUUCAAGGUCAUAGAAUUCUGGAAGAUGUUGCGCGUGGCCAGAUGAGAGAAAUUGCUGGCACUGUGAUUGCUGAAGAAAACUCACUUGAAAACUGUGGAACUGCAGUAGAUGAUAAUGUUGUUGGAGGCACCAGAGUGUGUGAUGGGAAAAACACCUUCAUUCAUGAAGGAACCCAAACUAAUCUGUCAUAUCGAGAUGAAGUAAUAUUCAUACACUCAAAGUUCGUAGAUUCUCAGAUCUGCGGGAAUCCAAACGAUUUCUUUAGAUAUUUGAAGUUUGUAUGCAAGUUUGUGCAAAGUGAAGUUGAAAAGGAAAAGUUAAAUUUUGAUAAAAUGUGGACGAUUAUACAAAAAUUGAAGCCAGAUACAAAAAUAGAGGAGUUUUAUAAAGAGUACGGUAUAUCUGGCAAUGCAAACAACUAUUUCCUUCAGGAAGUAUUAAAAGGGUUUAAAGACGAAGAGAAAGAUGGAUUUUUUAAGCUUAACUAUGCAUACAACAGCCAGAACGCUGCUACUUCAGCAAAAAAAGAAACUGAACAAAGUUUUUUUUUUGUGGAUGGAAUUACCUUCCGCGAUUUCAACAAGAGAGGACUGGCAUCAAAUGGAUUGCUGAGUGAAGAGCAAUUCUAUAUGAUGGCAGUAGAAUUGACAGGAAAUCAUGUUGACAGAAACGAUGUAUCACUUUAUGUAGAUGGUACUACUGCAGUCAUGCAGGUCAUCGAUGGUACCACUAUAACAGUAAAGAGCUAUUUGGAGGAUGGAAAAGUUUCUGGAGUGGCUGCCGUUCUGAAAUCUCCGCAGUAAUUAACAAUGUGAAAUUUUAACAGAGCACAAUUACUUAGUCCAUGGAACGGAGGCCUUCCUGAGAAGAUGACAGUCGCUCAACCACUCAAAAAUUUUCCAGACAUUUUAUGCAACCAGAAGGUUCAUUACUGUGUUGACAAGAGCCCACCAACGGUCCCCAUCCUGAGCAACAGAUCGCAGUGGUGAGCGUUAUUAAACAAAACCGCGAAAUUUCUUGCUUUGGCCAUGGUUUUGACAAUGGAUUUUAUCUUAUGUUUCUGUUCAUAUUGAACACUGAAAUUACCUUUUAAUUGAUUUAAAUUUACCAAGAAGUUGUGGAUGGAAUAUGGAAACUUUUUUUGAGUGUUUACGUCUUUGGUUUCCCGCAAUAUUAAGGCAUCCAAGUUGACUACAUUUUUAAGAUUCAUCACCAUGAAGAAGUUCUGCAACAUUUCUAAUGCUCUGGUAGCAUGGAUGAUUUGAAAGGCAGAUGAAGAGAGAUUAUUCGCAUUAGAAAUAAAAUUUAUGAGAACUGCAUAAAAAAAUGUCAUCAGACUUACACAAAAUUUUGAAACCAAUUAGAAACAAUAUUUGAGACUGAUGGUUUAAGCCAUCGGAGGACCCAGACGUAUGUGAUCCAUGCCCAGAGCUGAUGCGGCUUGGAGGACUAAUUUAGCGCUCCUUUGGUGGUGUAGAUGAUAACUGUACCCACAUGUUGUCGUGGGUUUUAGGUUUUUGAACUGGUAUGUAUUUACAGUGUCUGUAUGAUACAACACAUGCAUACAGAUUGUAAUUUUUUACCCGUUAACAAUUGUUCGAGUAACAUCGAGAUUUUACGUUUACUGUGCAGUGAUUGCACAUCAAUAUUCUGACUUCUGACAGCACAUAUACUUGUUGGAUUUUAUUUUCUUGUGGCAGUGAGUCUUAAGAUAGCUGUAUUCUGGGUUGUUGCGCUAUAUAGUCUGAAGUUUACUGACUUUUCAGAGGUCCUUGCUGCCUCCAUCAUCACAGUGACUCAUCACUUGAUGAUAGAGGCAGGAAGGACUUCUGAAACGAAGGAAAAUUUCUUCCAGACUACACGACACAACAACCAGAAGUCACCCAUCUUAAGCAUAUAUUAUUCUUUGACUGGAAAUCUGAAACUCAAAUUCUAACUUCUAGAAAGGUAUAAAGUCAAACCAUCCGGUGGCACAAGUCAUUAAUUUUUCAAUAAACACGUUGUAUACAAAUAUGAACCUGACUGGGGGAGUAGUGCAGAGGGCUAGUUAUGUUGUGGCUGAACUAAUCCACACACCCCUUUUAAUCGGUACGUCUUUAAUGGACUCGUCCAAAUUCUACUGCGCAUCGUGUUUGCUCCGUCUAUUCGAGACUGCACGGUAAAGCGUGUUUCUGUUAGUUUAACAACUUUACGCUAUUCUUUUUAAAUAAAACCUUGACAUGGGAAAGUUCAAAGUAGUAUAAUUCCCUCGUUAAAUUCAAAUUGUUAACCCUUAAUACAACUUACAGCCACAAGUAAGACAUUUAUAUAGCUAUAACAGUGAUUAUAAAUACGGCCUUGCUUUCAAAUAUGCUUCUAAUUAAAAUUAAAUAUAAAAUAAUUGCAUGUGGCAAAGUCCUUGAGUAUCUAAUAGUAGCUCAGCUAAUUUAAUUUUCCAACAGAAAUUUUGGAAAAUAUCCCAUGUACACAAUAUGCACCAUAAAACUAGAUAACAUAAUCACCCUUAAAAUCAAAGGUCGCCUACGAUAAACUUAAUAAUUUAGUCCGUACCGCAUAGAGAAAACAACACUUCACCAUUAUAAAGAUCAAUUUUUGACACCGUUUAAUUAAAUAAUCGCUGUUUGCACAGAGAAUAAUACGAAACACAACAAAAAUGCAGAUAUAAUGAUCGUUAAAACAGACAGGAGAUAUUCUUUAAAGGGUUUAAAGGUUUAAUGUGGGUUUCUGUUAUCUGAUUCGUAAUAAAAGUGUUUCUAUAAUGUAUUUGACGUAAAUUAUAUCGGCCUAAAUACAGUGUUAUUCAUUCUUUUGUUAAUAUAUUCUCAUAGAAAUAUAAUAAUAUAAUACUUAUAGGAACAUAACAUUACUAUGUCUUGAGUAGUUUUGGGUAAGCAUAAAAUAUCAACAUUUAAGGAGGUUAAAACAUUUUAAAGUGCUGCAGUUAUGGACACAGAAUUUGUGUCGUUUCACACUUCAGAACUUUGUUAUAUCCUCUUUAAAUUUAAGGACAUUGAUUAUGGGCAGCUGCCCCAAAUUGCCUUUUAAUAGAUCCAUCACUGGUUACAAAUAAUACGUUAUUGAUCCUAAGAUUACAAUAAAUAAUAUUAAAUCAAA